AUGAUAUAUCCUAUGGAUUAUCCCGUCACAAUUGACUACAAUAGACUGGCCUCCAAGAUCCUUUCGAUGAGUCAGCAGGUUCAAUGCGAUGACCUUGGCCUGGAUGUGCUGGCUGUGCACAGGCAGGAGGACGGCACAUUUGAGAAAUACAAUGUAUCCAUGUUGGGCUAUGGCUUCCAUGGAGACAUCAUUGUAUCCAGUGACAUGCUGCGAUGGAUGGGCCCCAGUCGUUACAACUGGGUCGGUAUCCUCGUUCUUCUGACGGUGGGAUACUGGUUCCGCAUGAGCUCUCCUCAAAUAUGGACUCUGAUUUUGGCCCGGCACGACGAUAAGUACCACCUAAAAAGAGAAUUUAGUCCGAAACAGGCGGCUUGCUCGGUCUAA